CUGCAAGAGGGAGGAUGAAGAUGUUUGUGCAAUUAGCUACACUGCUGUUUCUGCGUCAGGCAUAUUCUCUGGUUCCAGUGAUGCAAGUUCAGCUUGGUGAACCUGCAACUUUUCUAUGCGCUAUGCCAAAGUUUAAGUUCACCCAACAAGUCGUUUACUGGUACAAGCAGAGUCCAGGGGAUACUUUGAGACAAAUUGUUAAACUGACUGUAAAGCAACAAAAAAUAACAACUUCUACAUUUGGAACACAGUUUUCUGACUUAAGAUGGAAAGUUACUGAUGAUAAAAAAGACAUAAACUUGACAAUUUUGAGGACAACACCAGGGGAUUUGGGGAUAUAUCACUGUGCAAGCAAGGUUUCCACUGAGAAUCCUGAAUGGAGAGCUACAAAUUUGACAUUCAAAGAGAAUGCUGGAAGGGUAUCCGACUAUACUGUGAUACAACAACCUGCAGUACCCAAUCCAGUUCGUUCAGGAGACACUGCUAUCUUUCAGUGUUCAAUUUUGUUUUAUUCUGACAAGAUGGCAUGUUCAAAAGAUCCUAACAUCUUCUGGUUCCAAGCAAAAUCCGAUAAUGCCUAUCCAAACGUGAUCUACACAGACACAAACAGUCGUGAUGAAUGUGAGAAGAGAUUUGACACUGAGAAAAGUUGUUUGUUUCAGUUUUCAAAAGUUGUCAGCUCCUCUGAUGCUGGGAUAUUUUACUGUGCUGUGGCCUCAUGUGGAAAACUGUUAAUCGGAAAUGGAACCAGACUGGAAAUUGCAAGCAGCACAAGCUUUGAAUUUACAGCCCUGGUAACUGCAGUAUCCUGCCUGGUCUUUUCAUUGAUGUUAAGUGUUGUUUUCAUCUGUUGCCAAGCUCCAACAACAGAUCGAAAACCAUCCCAGGGGAUGGAAAGUAUCACUUUACAAGAAACACUACACAGCUUGACACAGAAAAUACCUGCUGAAGGUGGAAAUGAAAACUAUGCUGCAUUACAUUUCUCUACGAGUAAGAAACGAUGUGAAGACCGGAAGAAAAAAAUGGAAAAAGAAGAGUGCUUUUACUCUGAGAUUAAAAUCUGAACAUCAAUAAAUAUUGCACUAAAAAAUGAUAUAUGUGGGGGCGUGCCGUGGUGGCGGAGGGGUUAGUGCGACCCACAUUCA